GCCAAGCAGACCUCUUGCCACUGGCUUCAUUUUCUGCAGCUCACUUGUCUCACGAGGAUCACUCUGUCAAAGUCGUAUCUCUCCCCUCUAGCCGAUGGUUUAUUUCCGCGGACCGCCGGUACAUAAAUACGACCCUAAUCCGGCUCUCUUGUCCUACCUCUAUCCCCAAUUCCCCCUUUAGGCUUUUUUGUUCCGCCCGUAUAACUUUUCCCUCGAGAAGCUCUACCCACUGCAAACCAGCACAAUGAAAGCCGUCAUCUACAAAGCCCCAAACCAAAUCUCCAUCGAAGAGCGGCCCAAACCAACCAUCCAGCACCCCACCGACGCAAUCAUCCGCAUCCUGCACACAACAAUCUGCGGCACGGACCUGCACAUCCUUGCCGGCGACGUCGCAACCGCAACACCCGGCCGGAUCCUCGGCCACGAGGGCGUCGGGAUCAUCGACUCGCUCGGCGCCGCCGUGCACAAUUUCGCCGUCGGACAAAAAGUCCUCAUCUCCUGCAUCACUUCGUGCGGGACAUGCCACUACUGCCGGCAGCGACGUAUGCCGUCGCAGUGCGCCAACGGCGGCGGCUGGAUAUUGGGGAACAGCAUCGACGGGACGCAGGCGGAGUUUGUGCGGGUUCCGCACGCGGCGUUCUCGCUGCAUGUGCUCCCCGCCGCGAUCGACGAGCGCGUGGCGGUGACGCUGUCUGACACGGUGCCGACGGCCUACGAGUGUGGGAUUCUGAACGGGGAGAUUGCACCGGGGUCCAGCGUUGCUAUUAUUGGGACGGGCCCGAUUGGGUUGAUGUGUCUGCAGAUGAGCAGGAGGAUGUUUGGGCCGAGUAUGGUGGUUGUUGUCGGGCGCGGGAUGAGCAGGGUUGAGAUGGCGAGCGCUAUGGGCGCGGACCAUGCGUUUAGUGUUCUGAACGAGGGCGGCGCGGAGAGGGUCGUGCAGGACGCUGUCGCGGUCUCGGUUGGCGGCAGGGGGUUCGAUGUUGUCAUUGAGGCUGUGGGGAAUGCCGAGUCGUUUGAGAUGGCGCAGGGGCUUGUUGGGCCCGGGGGCACGAUUGCCUCGCUGGGCGUCUUUGGGUGUUCGUGCGAGCUGCACCUGGAGAAGCUGUGGCAUCGCAACAUCUGCCUACGGACACGACUCAUCGACGCCGUCUCGACAAUCGAUCUGCUGCAGAUGGUGGAGGGAGGAGGCAUCGAUCCUAGUUUCCUGGUCACACAUCACUUUGCCUUUGAUGAUAUCCAGAACGCGUACGAGGCGUUUGAGAAAUCGUCCAAACACGGCAGUCUAAAGGUCGUCGUCUCCAUGCCUGGCUCAGAGUCUGUGUCUGGUACGAACGGCUCGUCUGCAAACGGUUCCUCGCACGCCGUUCAUGCGUAGGUGUUCAGUUAUAACAUUAUUCGUGCCUAAAUACCGACCACCGGCCAAAUUUAAGCAUCAAAGCUACUCAAACAACGAGCCACGAAGAUCUCAAUUUGUGUUAAAGUGAGACAUAGAUCUGAUGAGUACCCAGGGCAGUGAUCAUGGACAAUAGAAGACCUCACUCGGUACCUUUAGUACGGCCAAGAAUACCUAUUUGCAGUUUCCGGCUUUCUAGUUACCCAGCACCGUAGUGUCACUGCCGACGAUGUCUUCAUUGUGGCCUAAAUCGAGAUUGG